UAGAGUCUGAGGUCUGCAUAAUAUUAACAUGUUAUUACCAGAGGUGUUUUAGAUAUUGAUCCUGGAUUCGGUGGUUGUUUUACUCACAGGUUUAUACCUGCUUUUCUAAUUCAAUAAGACAAGUAACAGGAAAUUUUGUAAAAAUGCCCAAGAGGAAGUCACCUGAAGGAGCGGAGGCCAAAGACGCCACCAAAAUUACAAAGAAGGAGCCCACUCGGAGGUCAGAGCGUCUUUCCUCAAAACCAGCUCCUCCUAAACCGGAACCAAAAGCCAAAAAAACAGCUGCCAAGAAGCCAUCCAAUGACAAAGCGAUAAAGGAGAAGAAGGGUGGAGCCAAAGGAAAGAAAGAGGAGAAAGAAUCUGCGCCUACUGCAAAUGGAGAGACCAAGCCAGAGGAGGAAACCGAGACGCCCAAGACUGAGGCGAAAGAGUGAUUGAAGUUGUUUUCUGGAAUAACAAAGAACAUUUUUUAUUCCUAUUGAGUAUUUUGUAAAAAUGCAAACUUUUUUAGACUUACUGUACUAGAUUUCCGUAGCUAAAAGUAAACUCACACUCCCCGCUGAAGCAUCGUACCUGUCUCCUUCUCUUUCAUCUGACAGAAAAAUAGAUUAAUUUCAAGGAGAAGCAACAGUUGAAUAUUUCACCAGCAGCUCGCCUGCCAAAUGCAACCACUUGGAACAAGUCACAUCCUACAUAUUAAAAGCAACCGGUUCAUCUUUUGCCAUCAGAGUGCAUAGCCUUAGCUCCAUAUAAGGUGGUCCAUAUAAGUCUUUGGUGCAUAUUUUCUUUGAGUCUUGUUAUUUAAUUGGUCAAAUAUCAUAAAGUAGAACAAGGAAUACAGAAAGAAGGGAGAAAAUGGGGAUGAGAGAUUUAAAUAGUAACCCUUUGCUUUUUUAUCUCCUUUGUAGCAUUUUGAGAUUCAAGCGUGUUCUUUUAAAAUUGCUAAAUUAAACAUGACCCUUAACAGUGGCAGAUAUCCAUAGCAAUAAACAAGUGGUGCUUUGUGCUAAAAGGUUAGGAAAACUCUACAAGAACUGAAUCACAGAAAGUCCACAGAACUGGUUUGAGAUACUCUGUAAUAUGUUUUCAAAUAAAAGAUGAAUAAACGGUUAA